GCCUGAAGGAGCAGAUACCCAAAGAGUCACCUCAGGCUUCAGCGAGCUCCCACACAAGUACAUUAAACUAUUUUUUCGGGAUUUCUUUUUUGUGAGUUUUUCAUUCUGUCUCAGAUCAUUUGUGGGAUAACUCCUGGAUUAACUGGCAUCUCACUUACAGAAGAAAUGGCCCUGCGACAGAACUCAGACAAAGAACCAAUCAUUGAGCUCUUCAUAAAGGCGGGCCACGAUGGAGAGAACGUGGGGAACUGCCCGUUCUGUCAGAGUCUUUUCAUGGUGCUGUGGCUGAAGGGAGUCAAAUUCACAGUGACCACAGUUGACAUGAGGAAGAAACCUGAGGAGCUGAAAGAUUUAGCCCCAGGGACAAACCCUCCUUUCCUCUUAUACAAUGGUGCCCUAAAGACUGACUUCAUUAAGAUCGAAGAGUUUCUGGAGACAACCCUUGCCCCACCCAGAUACCCUCACCUCAGUCCACUCAACAAGGAGUCGUUUGAUGUGGGUGCUGACAUUUUUGCCAAGUUUUCUGCUUUCAUCAAGAACAGUCCAAACAACAGCAUACAAGAGCAGGCUUUGCUGAGGGAAUUUAAACGACUGGACAUCUAUCUGAACACGCCGCUCCCAGAGGAGAUUGACCACAACUCCAGAGAAAACAUCACAGUCUCCAAGAGAAAGUAUCUCGAUGGCAACCGCCUGACUCUGGCAGACUGCAACUUGCUGCCCAAACUGCAUGUGAUCAAGGUUGCAGCCAAAAAGUACUGUCACUUUGAGAUUCCUGCUGACUUCACUGGAGUACAUCGCUACAUGCAGAAUGCUUAUGAGAGGGAGGAGUUCAGCCAGACAUGCCCUGCUGACAUCGAGAUUGAGAAAGCCUAUCUGAGUGUGGCCAACAGGAGGUCAUAGUCAGACACAGAGUGGGAACAACCUCUACACAUGGGACGCGGAGGAGGCCAUUCAGAUUUAUCUCUGUAAAUACAUAUAAAUAAAAGUGUUUAAAAGAGUACUCCAGAUUUUCUGAACCGUGGCAGGUCGAAUACCAUUUCAGCAUUCCCCAAUACUUAACAAUGGGACCCAAAACCCGAAAAAAAAGGACUUGAAAAGCACUUACAAUAGAAGGCAAUGGGCAGUUGCUGAAGAAGGUUUUUUCUUUGUAAAGAAAUGUAACCAAAUUAUUGUUGAUGAUAAUUGACCAUAUGCUACAGAUGCAGCAGAAAGAUUGAAGAAUACUGGAGUAUUCCUUUAAAGACACCAGUAGAGUCGAUAUGCAGAGUCAUACUACAGUUAAGUUUUACUAUAUUCAUUGUGCCUAUGAUCCCAAAGCCCAAAGCAUAAAAAUUGCUAAUUAAAAGGGAAUCGCUGGAUAGCUGCCUAGUAUUCCCUCAGCAGUAGGCCACAUGUGCAAUUAACUGUAGAUCAAAUGUGAUUUGCUUUGUCCAUAGUGUAUAUAUGUAUUUUAAUACACAGGUAACUACUUUUUUUCUAAAUGUCUAUGUAUGUCUAUUAAAUCAGCUGUAAGCAAAGGUUUUGGUCUAAUGACAGGAUUUUCUAAGUAAAAAUAAAUUAACACAUCGUCCUCAGAGAACACACUUCUGGACAGUAAUAAUGCAUGUAUGUAUAUAUAUAUAAAAACACUUAAAACACAACUUGCGUAUAGAGCUCCAUGACAAAACUGCAAAGCCAACAAUGUCAUGUACAAGAUUCAGGUAUCAUAUACUCAAUGGUUGUUUUAUAGGAAAGGUUAUACUUGGUGCACAAACCAAAUACAUACACAGUACCACUGUUCAAGGAAAAAAGGUCAAACGUGUUUUUGUUUCACAUUUUAAUGAAAAAUAAAGAUCAUUUCAUACUUAUCAA